UGGGCUGCUGGUGCUGGAAAAAUCCGUUGAGUCCGGGCGAGAGCAAGGGGUCGACCAGCGGAGGUGAGCUCUGUCCAGAUGCGAGAUCUCUGGAGGAAAGAGCGCUUGAGAUUAUAUUUGUUGAAAGAAUCCUGAACUAUUUCUACAAUGUCAACUUUUCAGCUGUCUCGCUCCAUCAGAAAAGAAAAGGCAUCUAAGGGGACAGUUUUCCCAUCCCAAAUCACUAAUGAACACGAAUCAUUGAUAAUGGUGAAGAAACUUUUUGCUACUUCUAUAUCAUGUAUAACAUAUCUAAGGGGCCUGUUUCCAGAGAGCUCUUAUGGAGAACGUCAUUUGGAUGGUAAAGACCUCAGUUUAAAAAUUCUCCGAGAAGACAAAAAAUGUCCUGGGUCACUGCAUAUUAUCAAAUGGAUUCAAGGUUGCUUUCAUGCUUUGGAAAAGAAAUACCUACACAUGGCAGUACUUUUACUUUAUACAAAUCCCAAGGAACCUGAGAAUGUUACUGAGAUAUAUCAGUUUAAAUUCAAAUACACAAAAGAAGGAGCCACUAUGGAUUUUGACAGUACUAGUACAAGCUUUGAAAGUGGGACAAACAGUGAAGAUAUUAAGAAAGCCAGUGUUUUACUGAUUCGUAAAUUGUACGUAUUGAUGCAAAACCUUGGACCUCUUCCUAAUGAUGUUAUACUUACUAUGAAACUCCAUUACUAUAAGGAAGUGACCCCACAUGACUACCAACCCCCUGGUUUUAAAGAAGAAGUGAACUCACACUUACUGCUGUUUGAGGGGGAGCCUGUCAACCUGCAAGUGGGAUUGGUCUCCACUGGCUUUCAUAGCAUGAAAGUGAAAGUCACAACGGAGGCCUCCAGAGUGUCUGAUUUGGAGAAUAACCUCUUUCUGGAGAACAGCACUACUGAGAUUGUUCAUCAGGGCCUAGACUGCGAUGAGGAAGAGGAGGAAUGCAACAAUCAAAUGCAAAGAAUGAAUUUUGUGUAUAGUCAGCAAAGUUCUGAAAGUUCCAGGAAGAAGAAGAAGGUCAGCGAACCAGUGAAAAACUUCAUCUCUAACAGCAAAUGAAAGUUAGAUGCUUUGUCUAUUUUAAAGUAAUUUAAUUUUGCAAAAACAUGUAUGAAGUAUCUAAGCAGGAAAGUAAGGUCUUAUAACCAAAACCUUUUUCUAAUUUGUUUCUAAGAUUUUUACUCAAUCUACUGAGUGUUAAACUACUGACUAUGGCUUAGGUUCACUUUGCCACAAGGAAUAAAGGUGGCCAUUGCUGCUUUGGGAUAGCAUUACUUCAAGGCUGAGUUAGAGAUGAGACAUGCUUUAUGUUUAUAAAAGAACCACAGCACCUAUAAGCUGUUGUUCUCAAGGUAUUUAGAUUACUAUAAAAUAUUUUAACUUGUUGUAACUUGUGUCCUAGAACCUCUCUAUAGCUUUAUUAAAAUUCCUACAGAGUUGCAUAGGAAAUGUGUGGAGGUGCUUAGUUGGCUAUGAUUUAUGUGUUCACUUCAGUCACAAGGUAGUUUAGCUAAGUGGGACCAGCAUGUGCUCUACAAUGUAUCAGCUAAUGUAGGCCCAACACAUUCUUUCCUUGUAGAAUUCCUCAGCUUGAGCCCCAGGCCCUGUCCUGUUGGGCAACCCUAAAGAUGAGACAUGGUUUAAUUCAGGAACCUAUUUCCCUUUUAAGUUGUACAUUGAAGGGGCUGGGGAUUUAGCUCAGUGGUUUCGCCACCUGCUGCGCAAGCCCAAGGACCUGAGUUCAAUCCCUGGUACCAAAAAAACAAAAAAUAAAUAAAACAAAAUUAAAAAAAAAAGUUGUAUGUUGAAUAUUUUCCAGUAAAUACUUCAGUAUUAUCAGUUUGGAACCUGUAGAUGGUGUUAUUCAUCUCCUCAUCCUGGAAUUUUUUUUGAUAGACUUAAUGAUUGGUAUGAGUGAAUAAUGACUUAAGUAUUUUUUAAUAUAAUAUAGAAUUAAAAACUUUAAAUGAAUAGGAUCAGUAAGUUAAAUGUAAGUGUAUAUGCUUUAUGGUUAAAUAAAACAAAAGCACAAGUUGAUUGUUUUUCUUUCUCAUCUUUUUUUACACUGGGUAGUUUCUUCACUUAGAUCAGUGU